GAAGGUCAGAAGACCAGGUAGAAAAUCAUUGUAGAAAUCUAUGUAAGAAAUGAUGUCCGAUGACCUUGAAAGUGGAGGGAGGAGUGAUGGAUUCCAGUGAGCCAGGAAAAAGAAUCGGCGGGCCUUGCUGCUUGAAUGUGAGGAACAAAGAUGAGAGGAGAAAGGAAUCAAGAAUAACUCUUAAUGUGGCUUUGUCGAUGCUAGGUGACUUCUUGUGAUAAAAAAACAACGAAGGAGCAUGUUUGGGAAGGAGAAAACAUUACCAACAGUCUCUACAUGAUGUGGCUUUUGGAGAAUCAGGGAGCGCCCACCCUACACAAGCGCCAUGGAGAAGGCAGGAAUGGAGACACAAAUACCACAGCUUCCAUUCUGUUGUUAAUCACUUUGUAGACAUGUUUCCCCAUCACAGAGUGUGAACUGCACCAAAGGGGUAAAAUUCUUGGGGCCCCCAAAUCACUAACACCCUUGUCUCUCUCCUUGGAGAGAAGGUAGCGCCAUGGUGUUAUACAGCCACUGUUUGAUCCUCUGGGCACUGGCCUGGCACUCCUCUGCCUAUGGGCCUGACCAGCGAGCCCAGAAGAAAGGGGACAUUAUCCUCGGAGGCCUCUUUCCUAUUCACUUUGGAGUAGCAGCUAAAGAUCAAGAUCUGAAAUCAAGACCAGAAUCUGUAGAAUGUAUCAGGUAUAAUUUCCGUGGAUUUCGCUGGCUACAAGCUAUGAUAUUCGCCAUCGAGGAGAUAAACAGCAGCCCAGCCCUUCUUCCCAACAUGACACUGGGAUACAGGAUAUUUGACACUUGCAACACCGUGUCCAAGGCCUUGGAGGCCACUCUGAGUUUUGUUGCCCAGAACAAAAUCGAUUCUUUGAAUCUGGAUGAGUUCUGCAACUGCUCAGAGCACAUCCCUUCCACCAUCGCUGUGGUGGGAGCAACAGGAUCAGGUGUCUCCACAGCGGUGGCCAACCUACUUGGGCUCUUCUACAUUCCCCAGGUCAGCUACGCCUCCUCUAGCAGACUCCUCAGCAACAAGAACCAGUUCAAAUCCUUCCUCCGCACCAUCCCCAACGAUGAACACCAGGCCACGGCUAUGGCAGACAUCGUGGAGUAUUUCCGCUGGAACUGGGUGGGCACAAUUGCGGCUGAUGAUGACUACGGCCGGCCCGGGAUUGAGAAGUUCCGGGAGGAAGCUGAAGAGAGGGACAUCUGCAUCGACUUCAGUGAGCUCAUCUCCCAGUACUCGGAUGAGAACGAGAUCCGGCACGUGGUGGAGGUGAUCCAGAACUCCACAGCCAAGGUCAUCGUCGUUUUCUCCAGCGGCCCAGACCUGGAACCCCUCAUCAAGGAGAUCGUCAGGCGCAACAUCACCGGCAGGAUUUGGCUGGCGAGUGAGGCCUGGGCCAGCUCCUCCCUGAUCGCCAUGCCCGAGUACUUCCACGUGGUUGGAGGCACCAUCGGAUUUGGUCUGAAGGCGGGGCAGAUCCCAGGGUUCCGGGAAUUCCUGCAGAAAGUCCACCCCAGGAAAUCCGUCCACAAUGGUUUUGCCAAGGAGUUUUGGGAAGAAACAUUUAACUGCCACCUCCAGGAUGGCGUUAAAGGCCCUUUACCUGUGGACAGCCUCCUGAGGGGUCAUGAAGAAAGUGGCAGCAGGCGAAGCAACAGUUCCACUACUUUCCGACCCCUCUGCACAGGGGAGGAGAACAUCAGCAGUGUUGAAACCCCUUAUAUGGAUUACACGCACUUACGGAUAUCCUACAAUGUGUACUUGGCCGUCUACUCCAUUGCCCACGCCCUGCAAGACAUCUACACCUGCUUACCGGGAAGAGGGCUCUUCACCAAUGGCUCCUGUGCAGACAUCAAAAAGGUGGAGGCUUGGCAGGUCUUGAAGCACCUACGUCACCUAAACUUCACCAAUAACAUGGGGGAGCAGGUGUCUUUUGAUGAGUGUGGCGACCUGGUUUGGAACUAUUCCAUCAUCAAUUGGCACCUCUCCCCAGAGGAUGGCUCCAUUGUGUUUAAGGAAGUGGGGUAUUACAAUGUCUCUGCCAAGAAGGGAGAAAGACUCUUCAUCAAUGAGGAGAAAAUCCUGUGGAGUGGAUUCUCAAGGGAGGUGCCCUUCUCCAACUGCAGCCGAGACUGCCUGGCUGGGACCAGGAAAGGGAUCAUUGAGGGGGAGCCCACCUGCUGUUUUGAGUGUGUGGAAUGUCCUGAUGGGGAGUACAGCGAUGAGACAGAUGCCAGCGCCUGUGACAAGUGCCCUGACGAUUUCUGGUCCAAUGAGAACCACACGUCCUGCAUUGCCAAGGAGAUCGAGUUUCUGUCCUGGACAGAGCCCUUUGGCAUCGCCCUCACCCUCUUUGCCGUGCUGGGCAUUUUCCUGACGGCCUUUGUGCUGGGUGUCUUCAUCAAGUUCCGAAACACGCCCAUCGUCAAGGCCACCAACCGAGAGCUCUCCUACCUCCUGCUCUUCUCCCUGCUGUGCUGCUUCUCCAGCUCCUUGUUCUUCAUCGGGGAACCCCAGGACUGGACGUGCCGCCUGCGCCAGCCAGCCUUCGGCAUCAGCUUUGUGCUGUGCAUCUCCUGCAUCCUAGUGAAGACCAACCGCGUGCUCCUGGUGUUCGAGGCCAAGAUCCCCACCAGCUUCCACCGCAAGCGCUGGGGGCUCAACCUGCAGUUCCUGCUGGUUUUCCUCUGCACCUUCAUGCAGAUCGUCAUCUGCGUGAUCUGGCUGUACACGGCGCCGCCCUCCAGCUACCGCAACCACGAGCUGGAGGACGAGAUCAUCUUCAUCACCUGCCACGAGGGCUCGCUCAUGGCGCUGGGCUCCCUGAUCGGCUACACCUGCCUGCUGGCUGCCAUCUGCUUCUUCUUCGCCUUCAAGUCCCGCAAGCUGCCGGAGAACUUCAACGAGGCCAAGUUCAUCACCUUCAGCAUGCUCAUCUUCUUCAUCGUCUGGAUCUCCUUCAUCCCCGCCUACGCCAGCACCUACGGCAAGUUCGUGUCCGCCGUGGAGGUGAUCGCCAUCCUGGCCGCCAGCUUCGGCCUGCUGGCCUGCAUCUUCUUCAACAAGGUCUACAUCAUCCUCUUCAAGCCCUCGCGCAACACCAUCGAGGAGGUGCGCUGCAGCACCGCGGCGCACGCCUUCAAGGUGGCCGCCAGGGCCACGCUGCGCCGCAGCAACGUCUCCCGCAAGCGCUCCAGCAGCCUCGGGGGCUCCACGGGCUCCAUCCCCUCCUCCUCCAUCAGCAGCAAGAGCAACAGCGAAGACCCCUUCCCGCAGCCCGAGAGGCAGAAGCAGCCGCCGCUGGCCCUCGCUCCGCACAAGCAGCAGCCGCUGCAGCCGCAGCCGCAGCCCCUGGCCCUCCAGCCCCAACCCUCCCAGCAGCAGCCCCGGUGCAAACAGAAGGUCAUCUUUGGCAGCGGCACGGUCACCUUCUCCCUGAGCUUCGACGAGCCUCAGAAGAACGCCACGGGGGCGGCUCCCCCGAGGAAUUCCACACGUCAGAACUCUCUGGAAGCUCAGAGAAGCAACGAUGCCCUGACCAGACACCAAGCCCUGCUCCCACUGCAGUGCGAGGACACGGACUCAGAACUGAGCAGCCAGGAGACGGGCCACCAUGGGGGAGGGCCGGUGGGAGGGGACCGCCAGGCAGAGGUGGAGGAUCCAGAAGAGAUGUCCCCGGCCCUGGUCAUGUCCAAAUCCAGGAGCUUUGUCAUCAGCGGUGGAGGCAGCACUGUCACCGAAAACAUACUGCAUUCGUAACAGGGGUCAUGGGGUUUCUUGGAAUGGCAGCGAUGAGAUGAGAGAUGGUCUCCUCUGAGAAAGAAGGGAGACGGAGCACAACAGACACACAGAUUCAGUUGCAUUGCUU